AUGUCCAAGGAAGCAGCAUGGAGCCGAUUCAUGGCUAGUCCAUCCGCAGAGGCACUCGCUGCCAAUGCUACUCUCCAGUACAUCACCUCUCUGUACACAGUCGAGGGCGCUGCCAGCGUUGUAUCGCACCUCAACACGACACGCAAACAGACGCGCAACUGGAAGGAAGCGACGCUCAAGGCGCGUGAAACCUCCUCGGAGCUGAUUCUCGAGGCGGAACUCUCUGCCGAACUCGACUUUGAUGGCCAAAAGAACCCUUGGUUGCCGGGCCUUGAGUCCAACAUGUUCUCCGGCAAGAAGAUCCAUUGCGUGGUGGUGUACUUCAUCUCGUUUGUUGAAGACAAGAUCAGCAGUGUGCGCUUGUACUGGGAUCAAGCGAAUCUGUUGCGCCAAGUAGAGGCAAUUGGUUCUCAAGGCAGGCGAUGGCCCAUUGCAGAAGGAUCAGCUACUGUGCAGCUGGUGAAGCGCGCUCUUUCUGGCUCUACAGAGCAAGCACCCUCGCAAGGACAAUCUGCUGUUCCUACAACGGCUGUGCCAGCUUCUCAUGGCAAGCCUCCCGCACAAAAGGCUCCCGACUCCGAGUACACGCCAGCGAUCGCCUCUCACGGCCCCCCGCAAGCACAGUACGACUUCUUGGCGCCUCAGUCGCAGGGAAAUCCCUCAACAAGCCAGGCACGCAGCAGUGGUCCUGCACAGCGGUCUGUCAGCAGUGAGCAUACACCGGUGGUGGCUACGAAUGGUCCGCCUCAGGCACAGUAUGAUUUCCUUGCACCACAGUCGCUUGCAGAAAACGGCAACAUUCACGGUCGAGCGUACAACCAAGGUCGACGCGGCCAGCCUGCGCCGCAGAUGAAUGUGUCUCAGGGAGAGUCUGCGCCUGCAUUGGCAGCUGGUUCAGUGGUGGGAUCCAAGGGGCCGCCUCGGCCUUCGUAUGACUUUUUGCGGGGCGAGUGA